AUGAGCGCAACUCACGAGCGAUAUGAGAAGUUCAAGGGUAAAAUUCAGAGAGAGCGAGAGAGGUCCAAGAAAUAUGGUCAAUCCCAGGUUCAUGCCACAGGCAAACAUGAAAAGACAGACACUAUCACACCUCUACAAUGGGUGUGGGCGAUUGGACAUUUUUUCAUUACGAUUUCUGCAAUUGUAGGGAUUCUCGCUGGCGUGACGCUGCAAGGAAAGCGCCCAAUUUUUAUGCUGCUGUACCGUUCUACAUUUGUGGCAGCUCUUGUUACAUAUGGAAUGAGUUUACGCCAACAAUUAUCCGGGGAGCUUCCCGGGUUCUUUGCUUUGCUUCCGGUUGAAACGUUCCAGUACCUUAUGCUGGCUGCAAUCUGGCUUAUAUCGCCCAAACAUGUCACCAAGUUAUCCCAGUUUUUGCCAAUUUCAUUUAUGCACGUAAUGGAUUUCUCGAGUGUGUACAUUUCCCACAAGGAUAAAACUACACGUGCGUUCAAUUGGUACAUCGAACACUUUUCUUAUCGGGUCAGUAAGGCCAUCGGUUAUAUCAAUCUUUUCAUGUUUGUCCAGCUUUUCUAUGACUGCUUGAGAUUUCGGCCUUUCUCUGCCAUUUCCCUUGGGUUUUACAUUGUGUUCUACCGGGUAAGACUUAUGUUUGCACCAAUUGCAAGAGAAUCUCUUGAAGACCUUUUCAAGUUCGUUGACGAGAAACUAUCCCAACCCAACACACCCGAGUUUAUCCGCUCAAAGUGGCAACUCAUCAAGACCCGCACCCUCAACAGCUCGUACAGUAAGAUGGCCGCUAGGCAGCAAGAAGUCUCUGCCAUUGAGGAUAUCAACGCCGAGCUCUAA